AUGCCUGCUACACGCGCCGAGGCGGCCCAGGUGCCCAACAAGGACAAGUUUGAGAAGUCCAUCUCCUCCAAACCCUUCGUCUUUGUCAUUGGAGAAGAGCGUAAAGAGUUUCACAUCCACAAGGAACUCAUCGGCCAGCUUUCACCUGUUCUCAAUGCCCUCGUUAAUGGCAACAUGAAGGAGGCCCGUGAGGGCCGCGUCGAGUGGCUUGACCUCGACGUCGACACUUUUGUCCGCUUCGCCAAGUUUGCCUACUCGGGUAACUACACCCCGGCGGAGCCCGAGCUCAUCGCCCCGGACGAUGCUGUCGUUCUUGCGCCGGGGGAGCAGGAUGGCAAGACCUUGGAUGGUGAGAAUGUUGAGGAGGACGAGGACGAGGACGAGGAGACGGACUCAUCGGACACGGAUGAUGAUGACUCUUCAGAUUCCAGUGAAGGCAGCGACACAGACGGACCUAUCGAAAUUUUAUCUGAUGAUCAAGAGACGUCCGAAUACUCUUCUUCCUCGGAGGAUUCAUCUACGCUUGACAACGGCGGGGACGAACACUUAAACCGGCGCCCCAUCGAUGUGUCGAUUGACGAGCACGGCAUGAUUCAUUCAUACACCUCUCUGCCUUAUUCUCUUGAAAACUACAUGGCCGAGUGGGAAAAGUGCCUAGACUACAGGUACAUCAAGCACCCUGACCUUCCCCCCAACAAGCGCCGUCGUGACGAGACCGACUUUGGCCGGAUCCCGCCCAGACCCGUCAACAAAAAGUACGAGGCCAUGUGCAUCUUUAUCCAUCCCAUGUACGACCCAGCUCCUCGCGAGGCCCCGCGCAGCGGUGUAAACACGAACCCCCACGAGUCUUACCGGCCCGUGUUUCUAAGUCACGCGCGCCUGUACAUCUUGGCCGACAAGUACGGCGUGAACCGCCUCCGCCGGCUCGUCCUGGCCCGUCUUCACCGGACCCUCACUCACUACGUCGUCCACAGAGACAGAAUCUCGGACCUUAUUGCCCUGGCGCAGGAGAUAUUUGACAACACCAUGGAAAUGGACCACGCGCGUUCCCUCAUUGUCAACUACCUUGUCUGCUUCAUCGAGGACAUCCAAGACAGCCCAGAGCUUGAAGAUGCCCUGCGUCGAGGAGGCGAUUUUCCUGCUUUGUUGGUUAGCAAGAUGGCAAGGCGUCGCAUAUAA